GCACUCGGACCCCGGAGCCCAUGGGCGCGCCGAGCCGGGCGCGGGGGCGCUGAGCGGCGGAGCGGGAGCGGCCGGAGGAGCCAUGGACUGCAGCCUCGUGCGGACGCUCGUGCACAGAUACUGUGCAGGAGAAGAGAAUUGGGUGGACAGCAGGACCAUCUACGUGGGACACAGGGAGCCACCUCCGGGCGCAGAGGCCUACAUCCCACAGAGAUACCCAGACAACAGGAUCGUCUCGUCCAAGUACACAUUUUGGAACUUUAUACCCAAGAAUUUAUUUGAACAAUUCAGAAGAGUAGCCAACUUUUAUUUCCUUAUCAUAUUUCUGGUGCAGUUGAUUAUUGAUACACCCACAAGUCCAGUGACAAGUGGACUUCCACUCUUCUUCGUCAUUACUGUCACGGCUAUCAAACAGGGUUAUGAAGACUGGCUUCGACAUAAAGCGGACAAUGCCAUGAACCAGUGUCCUGUUCAUUUCAUUCAGCACGGCAAGCUCGUUCGGAAACAAAGUCGAAAGCUGCGAGUUGGGGACAUUGUCAUGGUCAAGGAGGAUGAGACCUUUCCCUGUGACUUGAUCUUCCUUUCCAGCAACCGGGGAGACGGGACGUGCCACGUCACCACCGCCAGCUUGGACGGAGAAUCCAGCCAUAAAACGCAUUACGCGGUCCAGGACACCAAGGGCUUCCACACGGAGGAGGAUAUCGGCGGACUUCACGCCACCAUCGAGUGUGAGCAGCCCCAGCCCGACCUCUACAAGUUUGUGGGCCGCAUCAACGUUUACAGUGACCUGAACGACCCCGUGGUGAGGCCCUUAGGAUCGGAAAACUUGCUGCUGAGAGGAGCUACACUGAAGAACACCGAGAAAAUCUUUGGUGUGGCUAUUUACACGGGCAUGGAAACCAAGAUGGCAUUAAAUUACCAAUCGAAAUCCCAGAAGCGAUCUGCCGUGGAAAAAUCGAUGAAUGCGUUCCUCAUCGUGUACCUCUGCAUUCUGAUCAGCAAAGCCCUGAUAAACACUGUGCUGAAAUACGUGUGGCAGAGCGAGCCCUUUCGGGAUGAGCCGUGGUAUAAUCAGAAAACGGAGUCGGAAAGACAGAGGAAUCUGUUCCUCAGGGCGUUCACGGACUUCCUGGCCUUCAUGGUCCUCUUUAACUACAUCAUCCCCGUGUCCAUGUACGUCACGGUCGAGAUGCAGAAGUUCCUCGGCUCUUACUUCAUCACCUGGGAUGAGGACAUGUUUGAUGAGGAGACUGGCGAGGGGCCUCUGGUGAACACAUCGGACCUCAACGAAGAGCUGGGACAGGUGGAGUACAUCUUCACGGACAAGACCGGCACCCUCACGGAGAACAACAUGGAGUUCAAGGAGUGCUGCAUCGAAGGCCACGUCUAUGUGCCCCAUGUCAUCUGCAACGGGCAGGUCCUCCCAGAGUCCUCAGGAAUCGACAUGAUUGACUCGUCCCCCAGCGUCAACGGGAGGGAGCGCGAGGAGCUGUUUUUCCGGGCCCUCUGUCUCUGCCACACCGUCCAGGUGAAAGAUGAUGACAGCGUGGACGGCCCCAGGAAGUCUCCAGAUGGGGGGAAAUCCUGUGUGUACAUCUCAUCCUCGCCCGACGAGGUGGCGCUGGUCGAAGGUGUCCAGAGACUUGGCUUUACCUACCUGAGGCUGAAGGACAAUUACAUGGAGGUAUUAAACAGGGAGAACCACGUCGAAAGGUUUGAAUUGCUGGAAAUUUUAAGUUUUGACUCAGUUAGAAGGAGAAUGAGUGUAAUUGUAAAAUCCGCUACAGGAGAAAUUUAUCUGUUUUGCAAAGGAGCAGAUUCUUCAAUAUUCCCCCGAGUGAUAGAAGGCAAAGUUGACCAGAUCCGAGCCAGAGUGGAGCGGAACGCAGUGGAGGGGCUCCGAACUUUGUGUGUUGCUUACAAGAGGCUGAUCCAAGAAGAAUAUGAAGGCAUUUGUAAACUGCUGCAGGCUGCUAAAGUGGCCCUUCAAGAUCGAGAGAAAAAGUUAGCCGAAGCCUAUGAGCAAAUAGAGAAAGAUCUGAUUCUGCUUGGUGCCACGGCUGUUGAGGACCGGCUGCAGGAGAAAGCUGCUGACACCAUCGAGGCGCUGCAAAAGGCCGGGAUCAAGGUCUGGGUUCUCACAGGAGACAAGAUGGAGACGGCCGCAGCCACGUGCUAUGCCUGCAAGCUCUUCCGCAGGAACACGCAGCUGCUGGAGCUGACCACCAAGAGGAUCGAGGAGCAGAGCCUGCACGACGUCCUGUUCGAGCUGAGCAAGACGGUCCUGCGCCACAGCGGGAGCCUGACCAGAGACAACCUCUCAGGACUCUCAGCAGAUAUACAGGACUAUGGCUUGAUUAUCGACGGAGCUGCGCUGUCUCUCAUAAUGAAGCCUCGCGAAGACGGGAGUUCCAGCAACUACAGGGAGCUCUUCCUGGAAAUCUGCCGGAGCUGCAGCGCGGUGCUCUGCUGCCGCAUGGCACCCUUGCAGAAGGCCCAGAUUGUUAAAUUAAUCAAAUUUUCAAAAGAGCACCCAAUCACGUUAGCAGUUGGCGACGGCGCAAACGAUGUCAGCAUGAUUCUGGAAGCGCAUGUGGGCAUAGGUGUCAUCGGCAAGGAAGGCCGCCAGGCUGCCAGGAACAGCGACUAUGCAAUCCCAAAGUUUAAGCAUUUGAAGAAGAUGCUGCUUGUUCACGGGCAUUUUUAUUACAUUAGGAUAUCUGAGCUCGUGCAGUACUUCUUUUAUAAGAAUGUCUGCUUCAUCUUCCCUCAGUUUUUAUACCAGUUCUUCUGUGGGUUCUCACAACAGACUUUGUACGACACCGCGUAUCUGACCCUCUACAACAUCAGCUUCACCUCCCUCCCCAUCCUCCUGUACAGCCUCAUGGAGCAGCAUAUUGGCAUCGAUGUGCUUAAGAGAGACCCGACCCUGUACAGGGACGUCGCCAAGAACGCGCUGCUGCGCUGGCGUGUGUUCAUCUACUGGACGCUCCUGGGACUGUUUGACGCGCUGGUGUUCUUCUUUGGUGCUUAUUUCAUGUUUGAAAAUACAACUGUGACGAGCAAUGGGCAGAUAUUUGGAAACUGGACAUUUGGGACACUGGUAUUCACUGUGAUGGUGUUCACAGUCACACUAAAGCUUGCGUUAGACACACACUACUGGACUUGGAUCAACCAUUUUGUCAUCUGGGGGUCGCUGCUGUUCUACGUCGUCUUUUCGCUCCUCUGGGGAGGAGUGAUCUGGCCAUUCCUCAACUACCAGAGGAUGUACUACGUGUUCAUCCAGAUGCUGUCCAGCGGGCCCGCCUGGCUGGCCAUCGUGCUGCUGGUGACCAUCAGCCUCCUUCCCGACGUCCUCAAGAAAGUCCUGUGCCGGCAGCUGUGGCCAACAGCAACAGAGAGAGUCCAGCAGAAUGGGUGCGCACAGCCUCGGGACCGCGACUCAGAAUUCACCCCUCUUGCCUCUCUGCAGAGCCCAGGCUACCAGAGCACCUGUCCCUCGGCCGCCUGGUACAGCUCCCACUCUCAGCAGGUGAUGCUCGCGGCCUGGAAGGGGAAGGUGUCCGUGGAGCCCCCACCCACCCUCAAUGGUUCCCGUCACCACUGCAGUUCCAGCCCGAGUCACAGCUGCCCUGGGACCCGUGUGCAGAUGCUUGUGUGAUGGAUGGUCCUAAGCCUGUGGAGACCGCACAUGCCUCUCCUGGCCCCCAGGAGGCAAGGAGGGGGUCACAGGCCUUGCCCUCGAGUGUGGCACGCUGGCCGCCUGGACCCAGCGCUGCAGUUGUUGAGCCACACCGGUCCCCCCGGGCAUUCGGCUCGACUCAGAAGGGACAUCCUGCUGGCGCACCCUGUGCGCUGUCAUGCAGAGGCCAUUCCCCCAGAUCCGUGUCUUCACCCACCUACCAUCAUCGGCCUUUGCUGUCGCUGGGAGAGAAGAGCCAUCCAGGCCCCCGGGGUGGCCAUGUGUGGACACCUGUUGCUGUUCCUGCUCGCCCGGCCGCCACUCGUGCCCUCCAUAGGGUGAGGUGGAGCUGUGGCGGCACGUCCUUUCCUCAGCAACCCUCCAAUCCUCAUGCUGUGGGAAAGGCCGGGUCACUCGGAUACCAUCAUCCCUGCGGGGAUGCACAGCCCUGUUCAUCUGGGAGCAGCUUCCCUGUGGUUAAGUCUAAGCCUGCCUGCUCUGUGUGUCAGGGCUGGCUGAGUUUCGGUCUCCUCAUCAUCGCCUCGUGCAGAAAGCAGUGCCAUGUGGGAGGACAAGGCCACGCCAGUGGCUUCCAGCCCUGCAGCACAAGUGCCAGGAUGUCCAUCGGCCACUCACCAGAGCAUGGAGCCGUCAGUCCACUGCUACAGGAGAAUGUUGAUUUCGUGGGUGCGAGGGCCAGGAGACAGAUACUUGACUAUGAUGGGCAGACAUCCUCUGUCCCCGUGGAACGGUCACCAUCAAGGUGGUGGUGGUGCCCCAGAACCUGUCUCGGGCUGAUGGGGGCGGCCCACAGGACAGGGGUGGAUCCCAGAAGGCAGCACUGCACCUCCACCCGCCUCCCACACUGCACCUCCGCCCGCCUCCCACACUGCACCUCCCCUCCCACACUGCACCUCCGCCCGCCUCCUACACUGCACCUCCGCCCCGCCUCCCACACUGCACCUCCGCCCGCCUCCCACACUGCACCUCCGCCCACCAGGCUCUGCGUCCCCUUGUCCCCACAUCCCCACGUCCCCACGCAGGGCUCUCCUUCGUCUUAGGAUUCUGUCCAGCGCUGCUCUGGGUGGGUUAGCAACCCAAGGGCUGCUGUGAUACAAAGUCCCUGUUGCUCUCUGUACUAGCGUUUCUAUUUCUAGAAAUAAUCUUUGACGUAGCCUUAAUGGUCCUUAAAGAAGACAUUUCAUUGUGAGAUUCGGUACUGCUGCCUUUCAGGAAAGUACCAGACGCUGGAGGAGGAGCCGGCCCUCACGCCCGCCCAGAGCCACACCGCCAGACGGGCUCCGGCAGGCGAAACCCAGAGGGUGUUUCCGAGGUGCUCGACAGUAGGUGUUUUUGGAAGCUCAAAUUUCACCAUUUGAUUGUAUAAUCUUUUACCUAUACAAUAUUUAUUUGAACUAAAGGAUAAAUCGGCGGUAAGAACAGUGAACACAGUGGUUGAGAUAAACUAAGGUGACAAAUAAACACCACACCAAAGAUGAGGGUAGUGAGCAACUGGCUUGAGCAGACAGAACGGGGAGGACUCCACCGUGUCCCGAGGUCCUCGUGCAGCUGCCCUGGCUUGGCAGCCCUGCCCACGCUACCCCUGCAAACAAUGGUGUGUGCAUUUUUACAGCCCUUUUUAAGAACCCAAUAUGGGCAUAAAUGUAAUACCUGUAUGGGGGGCAGAUUCUCUGUAUGUUCAGUUAACAAAUUAUUUGUAAUGUAUUUUUUUAGAAAUCUUAAAAUUGCCUUUGCACUGAAGUAUUUUCAUAGCUGUUUAUAUAUCUUUUAUUCAUUUAUUUAACAUAUUGUCUAAUUUUUAAAAUAGGUUUAUAAAGCUUUCAUUUUUAAGUUUAUGUAAUUUUGGCCACUUUACAUUUAGAUUCUGGUGAGAGUUUUGACUGAAUGUUCAAUCUCUGAUGAAUGUGAAUUUUCAGAUUUGAUUUUAUUCUCUACACACACCUCUUCCUUUCUUGGUAUUUCUGGUGGCAGUGAUUAGUUAAACAGCAUAUUUAAGGUACGAUAAUUUGCUAUACUUUUUCUUUACAAUUUGUUGCAAUUUCCUCUGCUUUCUGUGUUUCAUUGUUAAUUUCCAUCCUUCAGCCUUAAAAACAGAAGAUUCUCCCAUGAAGGUUUAGUAAGCUGGGUCCCAGCUCUGCCUGUGUGGAGACAGUCGCCAUGUACCUCUGACAACAAGUCUUAGUGUGAAAGUCACUAAACUUUUACACACACCCAAACGUCUUUUAAAAAAUUGCUUGGGAAAUUAUUAAAUGAAUGUACCUGAUCAUUUGAAAUCGACAAGGGGCACGAGAUAAAAACUAAAAGGAUGAGAAGACUCAAUGAAUGACGUCACAGGGUCUUCACACAAUUUUCCACCUCACAGUAGUUAGUAUUUACUUGCCUUAAACUAACUUUGAAGCAAGUAAUGUCAACUUUGAGCACUUUGUCGAGUUUUGAAAAUCUUGUUUGCUGCUGCACAGGUUAAUAAAUUAUCAAUUUGUAAUUCAGCAUGUUGGUCAGAGACACAGUUGCUGAUUCACACCCAGUCCCUGCCACAGACGGUCUCAGACACCCACGGUGGGCCUGCUGCAUGUGUGUCCCGGGCUUUUGGCUCCACAUUCACUCAUAGCCAUGUCCACUUGCAGGCUUGCACACGGGAACACACACAUACAUAUGUACAUGUACAUACCACAAACAUGCAAGCUCCCGCACACAUGUAUGCACACAUGUACACAAGUGUGAGCUCCUACACACGCACGUGUAUGUACACCAAAGCAUGUGUGACAUACAUGUAGUACAUGCACGUGUACACAUACCACAGAUGUGUGCACACUCCUGCACACAAUGCAUGUGCACAUACCAUGAAUGGUGUAAGUUCCUACACACGGAUGUGAUACAUGCAUGUACAUGUAAGCACACAUGUACAGGCUCCUACAGGCUUGCUCUCACACGUGUGUAUGCACACCAGAAAGACGUAUGAGGUUCUACACCUGUACACAUGCAUACACACACGCACAUGUACAUUCACUACAAACACAUGCAGGCUCCUGCACACAUGAGCACACAUGCACAUGUACACACCCUAAGCAUGCACAGGCUCCUACACACGAAUAUGCACACAUGCACAUGUACACACCCCAAACACGCACAGGCUCCUACAUACAUGCACAUGCAUGUGUACACCACAGACAUGAGUUCCCAGACGUAAACACGUGCGUGCACCAUACACACGUGAGCUCCCACACAUGUACACACCACAAACGUGCAGGCUCCCGCACACGUGAAUACAUACAUGCACAUAUACACACAUGUGCCACAAGCAAGUGCACACUGUCCUGGUGUCCUGCACUGCAUCCUGCCUCCUUCCUGAGGGCCCCUGUGAGGGGCCUCUGGCCGGGCAUGGGAAGAUGGGGCUCGUAGCCCAGACCUCCCUGGGACGAAGAGUCCCCCUCCUGGCAGAAUGUCUAGGCUUUGCAGAGCGGGCCCGGGGUGAGAUCGCAGCUUCACUUACACCAGCUGCUCUGUGAGCAGCACUUGGUGCCCUGGACAAGGUCCUUUCCCCUUCAGGGAGGUCCAGCCCCACAAGCUGAAACCUCCCCUUGGAUCAGCCCUAUACCAGGUGGCCACAGCAGGGCCGGCCACACCCACGACGCACCUCAUCCCUGCACACGUCAGGGAGCACGGCCGGUCUUCUGCCACGAGCCAGCUGGGAAGGGCCGCGGCCUCCUAAAGCCCCAGUCAACCCGGCCUGUGUCGGAGCAGACGGGGCGAACAAGCAGGCCACACCGCCUCGAGGGAGGAGGCCAGAUGCGGCAGCUUCUCCAACAGGGUGACCAUCCGCUCGGCUUGCUGAGCGUUUAAACAAAUGUUUAGACAGGCUGUUGUGACUUCUCUGAGUUGAGCCUUGGCCAGGGGUCUGGUGCCGUAGCAGGAAACCUCCAGCCUUGUUCUUCAAACCACUCAGCUUAUGUGUUUUGCACUGACUAGUAUUGAAUAAUGCAGCCACUUUUAUUUAAUGUUAAUAUUAUUUAUUUGGCAGCUCAGUGUCUAACAGCUUGAUAUGCAGGUCCUUGUAUCCUACAUUUCUUUAGGAAGUUACCCAUUUGUAACUUUAGAAACAGGAAAAAUGUCAGUUGGCAAAUGCAAUCUUUUUUUUUUUUUAAGCUAAAGGUGGGUGAACUGGAAUGAAAAUCUUUCUGAUAUUGUGUCUAUAAGCAGCUUUGAUGGGGAUGUGUUAGAAUUGUCAUGAAAGUGUGAUUCUACUUUUGCAGAAAAAAUCUAAAGAUCAAUUUAUAUAGCUUUAUUUUUUACUUUAUCAAAGUAUACAGAAUUUUAAUAUGCAUAUAUUGUGUCUGACUUAAAAUUAUAAUGUCUGUGUUACCAUUUAAAAUGUCUAUUCAUUAGGUAAUGUAGUAAAAGAAGGUCUUCAAAAAUGUAUUUAAUAUGAAUGGUAUCCAUAGCUGUCAUCAUCAUAAAUACUGGAGUUUAUUUUUAAAUUAUUAAACAUAGUAGGUGCAUUUAACAUAAAUCAAGCCUCCACACAGUAACAUUUAACUGAUAAUUCAUUAAUCUGCUUUGAAAAGUUAAAAUAUAAAUUAAACCAAAUCUAACAUUUCUGUAAAGUUUAUUUUGUAUGCUCCUGUUUUUAACUUUUAUUUCUGUAGAUAAACUGACUUGAUAAUAUUAUAUUGGACUUUUCUCUAGAUUAUCUAAGCAGGAGACCUGAAUCUGCUCGCAAUAAAGAAUAAAAAUCUGCUUCAGUUUCGUUAUAAA